AUGUCAAGAAGCAGACAUCUGCUUGAGAAUUUCAGUUUGUCUCUUUUUCUUCAGCGAGGCUGCCAAGUUGCAGACGCAGAGACGCAGAUCUUUGUGAAGACCCUCACGGGCAAGACCAUCACCCUUAAGGUCGAGCCCAGUGACACCAUUGAGAAUGUCAAAGCCAAAAUUCAAGACAAGGAGGGUAUCCCAUCUGAUCAGCAGCCUCUGAUAUUUGCUGGUAAACAGCUGGAGGAUGGCCGCACACUCUCAGACUACAACAUCCAGAAAGAGUCCACCCUGCACUGGGUGCUGCACCUGCGAGGUGGCAUUAUUAAGCCUUCCUUCUGCCAGCUUGCCCAGAAAUACAACUGUGACAAGAUGAUCUGCCACAAGUGCUAUGCUCGCUUGCACCCCCGUGCUGUCAACUGCCGCAAGAAGAAGUGUGGCCACACCAACAACCUGUGCCCCAAGAAGAAGGUCAAAUAA